UUUGAAUUUAUUUAAAUGGAUCCAGAAACGGAUAUCCCAGGAUCCGACCCAUUUCCAUAUGGAUGUCCCCAACAACGUCACUCCCUUUCCUCAAUACUUUCAGUCCACCGCCGCCUCUCUCCGCCGCAGCCGCCGCCGCCGCAUUCGAUGAACUCCUUCACCAUUCAAUCCUUCGCUGGCCUCUCCACCUCAACACCAUCAUCGAAACCCCUCUCUCUAAAAUCGAGCCCAUCAACAAAAAUGGAGCAACUGAGGAUCACAAAGCCCGACGACUGGCAUCUCCACCUCCGCGAUGGCGACCUCCUCCAAUUCGUCGCCCCUCACAGCGCCGGUCAUUUUGGGAGAGCAAUCGUGAUGCCCAAUUUGAAACCACCGGUGACCACGGCGGCGGCGGCCGUGGAGUAUAGAGAGAGGAUCCUGAAAGCCCUACCACCGGAUGCCUCUUUUAGCCCAUUGAUGACGCUGUAUUUGACUGAUAAUACGAGUCCAGAGGAGAUUGGGAUUGCCAGAAGGAGUGGAGUUAUUUUUGCCGUGAAGUUGUACCCAGCUGGAGCAACUACCAAUUCUCAGGAUGGUGUUACAGAUAUUUUUGGGAAAUGUUUGCCAGUUCUUGAGCAGAUGAUAGAGCAUAAUAUGCCACUUCUGGUCCAUGGUGAAGUUACAGAUCCAAGUGUCGACACAUUUGACAGGGAGAAAGUCUUCAUCAAGACCAUCUUGGCGCCGCUCAUCCAAAAGCUUCCAAAACUCAAAGUUGUAAUGGAACAUAUUACCACUUCAGAUGCUGUUGAAUUUGUUCAAUCAUGUCCUGAAGGUUCUGUCGCUGCAACUGUUACACCUCAGCAUCUUCUUCUCAAUAGAAACGCUUUAUUUCAAGGCGGAUUGCAACCUCACAGUUACUGCCUCCCGGUGUUGAAAAGAGAAACACAUAGGCAAGCUAUUGUAGCGGCUGUAACAAGUGGAAGCAGGCGAUUUUUUCUUGGAACGGAUAGUGCUCCUCAUGAGAGGCGACGAAAAGAGAGUUCAUGUGGAUGUGCGGGGAUUUACAGUGCUCCUGUGGCUUUAUCCUUGUAUGCCAAAGUAUUUGAAGAGGCUGGCGCUCUCGACAAACUAGAGGCAUUUACGAGCUUCAAUGGUCCAGAUUUUUACGGUCUCCCAAGAAAUAAAUCAAAGAUUGUACUGAGAAAGAAGCCAUGGGAGGUGCCAGAAUCAUAUAAAUUUGCAUCAGGAGAAAUCAUUCCUAUGUUUGCAGGGCAAACUCUUGACUGGAUUCCUACGGAGGCUGCUGAUUGAUCUAAAAUGAUUAAUUAUUGCUAGAGGUACUCAGAAUAAAUGCAGGCAUCCUUGGUCUGUAGAAAAUUAUAACUUAUAUAUUGCUAUUUAAUUUUACAUAACAGUUGUAGUCAUUUAUUUUCUUGCAAAUUGUAGCUCUUUCAGCAGCAUCAAUUAUAAAAAGAAGUCAAAUUUUGCAAAA